AUGGAAUUUGAUUCUGAUUCAAAUGAAAUAGUAUUUGUUGGUCCGAUUAUGGAGACAGAUGAAAGAAACAUAAUAGAUCACACUACUUCGAUGGCUUCAAGACCACCUAAUGUGCAAAAAGAAAUAGAAUUAAUCCAUGCAUGGAUUAAUAACCCACACGCAGAUCCUUUACAAAUGAUUGAUUGGCCUGCAAUUGGUGUGUCUCCAAUUAACGAAUAUGUCACACUAGGAUUACUUGACAUGGCAUUCCCAGCAUUGUUUGCUGAUGGUAUUUCUGUGAUUUUAGUUGGAGAUCUAAAUCAGUUGCCUCUGGUUAGAGAUAGACCAGCAUAUGACAGCAACAGACGAGCAAAACUAUUGUUGGAAGACUUCAAAAUUGUGGUAACGCUGGAAAAAAUAUUUAGACAAGAUGGAGAAGAAAUACAACAAAAGCAAUUUCAUGAACUAUUGACAAACAUGAGAGAAGCACACCCUACUAUUAAUGAUUGGAAGUUGUUAAUGUCAAGAACAAAUAGUAAUCUUACUGCACCAAUGAAUGAAGAGUUUGACAAUAACAUUCAUUUAUUCUCCACAAAUGAUAAUGUUUACAAUCAUAACAGAAAAAAAUUAUAUUUACUAAAACAACCCAUGGCACGCAGUGUUGCAACAAAAUCUAGAAAUGUUAGUGCAAUGGAAGGGAGUUGGCAGGAUGAACUUGAUAUGGAAUUACUGAUCUCAAAGAAUGCAAGAGUAAUGUUAACUACUAAUCUAUGGAUAGAAGUGGGUCUUGUAAAUGGAGCUUUGGGAUAUGUUGAAAAUAUUGUAUACAAACCUGGAAGUAUGCCACUAGAACCACCAACGUAUGUAAUGGUUAAGUUUGAUACUUACUCUGGAAUACCAUUCGAUGCUCAAAUCCCACAAACAGUUCCUAUCAGUGCAACACAUAGAGGAUCUACGACCCAUAUACCAUUGAGAUUGGCUUGGGCAAUGACAAUACACAAAUCACAAGGUCUAACACUUGAAAAAGCCACAAUUGAUAUAGGUCCAACUGAAAGAACAUGA